UGCCUGCGAAGUCGAAGAGGGAGAAGGAGAGGAGAUUGAACCAUGAGAGAAAACCUUGCUUGUGUGACAUCCCGAAUCAUGGCAUUCACUGACUCUGGGGCACCCGCUGACAUGUGCACAGAGAGGAAGGAGAUGAAGAGUAAACACUGGAGGAACAGAAUAGGACUUCUCUUGAAGAAAAGCACUUCCCAGUCGAUAUUACAUCUCAAGAAAAACAUAUCUUACAGGCCGACUGCUGAUGACGUGCAGCAAUGGGCGCAGUCACUUGACAAACUACUCAGUCAUAAACAUGGAAAAACUGUGUUCCGCAUCUUUCUGAAGUCGGAGUUCUGCGAAGAGAACAUUGAGUUUUGGUUCGCCUGCGAGGAUUUCAGGAACAUCACGUCGCACAAAGAGCUGGCGUCCAAGGCCGCCGGCAUGCACGAGGAGUUCAUUAAAGACGAAGCUCCCAAAGAGAUAAACCUGGAUUUCCACACAAAGAAUGACAUCAUCCAGAACCUCCUUGAGCCCACCGCCACCAGCUUCCUGGCCGCCCAGAGGAAAGUCUACAGCCUGAUGGAGAACAACUCCUACCCCAGAUUUAUCGAGUCCGACCUCUACAAGGAACUGUGUGUCGUUGCCAAGGGAGAGAGCAAGCACAUUAAGUCCUAGUCAAACUAGACCCCCCCCCAAAGUCAUUUGUUUACCGCUGCGAGGGUGUGAAUAGACCGCUGAUGAUGUUCAUUCCGAGCACCGCCUCGGGAUAAUAGACCCUCAAAAUGCAAACGCUCAGCAUAAACAAUAAGUGCGGAUAAGUGGAGCCAUGUUUUUGGUCCGCCGUGCCGAGGGCCGAUCGGGAGCAUUUCUACCAGAUGGAAUUAUUGUUACAUUUCCCUCACAGGGCCAUCACCUGCACUUUCUUUGUACCCCCCGCCGUGUUAGGAUGUUGGGCAACGGUGCGUUGGCGAAAGAUUUCUGUUGAAAUGCAACCGCAUUCAAAGGGGAGACGACUGCCGAAAAAAACACUUUCCACUUCGCCCGACGAUGCCGUUGGAAUGUAUUUCUGCGCCGGUAUCCACUUGAAGACAGCUGUGGUUACAACUGCCAUGUUGGAUCUUCUGGAUCUGCUUGCAUGUGUUUACACAAAAAGUGCAAUUUGUAACUUUUUUUUUACGAUACGAUUCGCAGUUUGUAUUCGGCCCGACGCUCCUGGGGGCCACGGUGUAUGUGUUGUAAAUAUAUUGCACGUGUUGAAUGUGAUAUGAUGAUCGGCAGGCAGCUGGACUGCUCACGAAAUAAAAUAUGUUUCUUCCAUUCCGA